GUGUCAUGUGAUGUAAAUUAAUACCAUCAUGUCUGUCCCAGAACUCUGCACGGUUACGCUUGCGUCCUGCUUCGAGUUUAUUACCAGGAAGGAGAAAGGGAUUUAAAGCUGGAAGCCGAACUGGAAAUGGGUCGGAUAUAUUUGGGAAUCAGAAAGGGCGAAGUGUGAGUAUUGGAGAAUAUAUAGGUGGGCUUUGUGGAAAUCAGUUAGAAUUGUCACUACAGCCAGGGGCGAGAGAGAUAAGAGAGGCGAGAAGGCAGAGAAAGUUACACUAGCCCGAAAUGGCUUGAUUAUUCCGGUCUGCACCGACUAGGCAAAGCGGGGCAGUUAUAGUUAUAACUGCGAAGAAUUCAAAAACUGCCGUUAAAUGGAAAAGUAGACUACAAAAACGCCUAGAAGUAAAUGUUGAAUUCAUGACGCCGCAACUUUUUUUUUUUUCUGAGUGCAUCAGCAAUGACAGUGUAUUUUAGUUUGAAAUACUGAGCCCAGAAGUAAUCGUAAUACGAGCCUUUUAAGAUCUUUUGGGAGAUAACACGCAGGAGACAGGCUUUUGACCCAAUGAAUGCACUUCCAAAACAAUUCCCGUUAAGACUGUAAAUCUGCUGUGGUACACAUCGCUCAAUAAUAUAAAGCAACUACAUUCUAAAGGGGUUUGCCCUCCUGGAUAUCUGUAUGGGGAUCCGUUGUAUCUGACAGCAAUGGGAGGCUGUGUCGGGAGAGAGCGUGGGGACACGCAGGGGUCGGCUAGGAGCAGCUCCAGGAACCCACGAAAGCGCGGAGGUCGAAAUGAACCUCUAAAGAAGGACAAGCCCAAGUGGAAGAGUGAUUACCCGAUGACCGAGGGGCAGCUGCGAAGCAAGCGGGAUGAAUUCUGGGACACUGCUCCAGCAUUUGAGGGGCGCAAAGAGAUCUGGGAUGCCCUAAAGGCAGCCGCAAUUGCCAUUGAGUGCAACGACCAAGAGUUGGCGCAGGCAAUUGUUGAUGGAGCCAGCAUCACUGUUCCACAUGGCUCCCUGACUGAGUGCUAUGAUGAGCUCGGUAAUCGUUAUCAGCUGCCAGUCUACUGCCUUGCUACACCAGUGAACCUGAUCACAGAGCACAGCGAGGAGGAGACAACUGAUGCCCUGGAGCCACAGGGCGGCUCCAAGCGGGAUUUCCAGCUGAAGGUACGACUCUCAACAGGCAAGGACGUGCGCCUCGGUGCCAGCAUGACGGACACCAUCGGCCAGCUGAAGAAACAGCUCCAGGUUCAGGAUAAUAUCGACCCAGCCCAGCAGCGCUGGUUCUUCUCUGGAAAGCUGCUUACUGACAAAACCCGGCUGCAGGAAACCAAAAUCCAAAAAGACUUUGUGAUCCAAGUUAUAGUGAACCAGAUGGCUGCCCCCAAGUGACCCUCGCUCAGGCACCCCAACUGAUCCCUUUAGAGAGAGAGAGAGUGAGACCCCCCUUCCCCUAAACCACCCUUCUUUCUUUCCAUUAGAAAAUUAAAAUAAAUAAAUGCAAUGAUUAUAAUUCCAUUAAAA